CUGUAAAAUCCUGACCCAGCUUGGUAAACAUGUUGCAUGAAGUGAGCCCAUGGAAUGUAUCAGAGUUUACACACACACACACAGGCUUCUCGAGACAGGACCGUACAAGAUACUGACAUCGCAAAGAAGAUGGGGAUUGCUUACCCUGAGGAAGUGCCCAGGCUUUCAGAAGACAUCAUUGAAUUAAUUGAGAAAUACAAUGUUUCAGCAGCCUGCUUUUUGCCUCCUCCGAGAUCCAUUGACCUUAUAUUACAACUGAGCUGGCUGGAUAUUGGUGUCUUUGCUGCACUAACUGCCCUGACUGUACUCUCUCUCGUCAUCUACUUGGAGAACAUAUACUAUUUACUGAAGAAAGUGUCAUGUCUCGUCAAGAUGAAGACUUUAGUGUGGAUCAGUGCAGCACCGACCGUGAUCGGGAUCGUGUCCUGCAUUGGCCUCUGGGUUCCUCGAGCAAUCAUGUUCGUCAACAUGGUGGCAGCCACGUAUUUUGGUGUUUGUUUUUACCUGCUGCUGUUGGUCAUUGUGGAAGCCUAUGGGGGCCAGGAAGCCAUGUUGGAGAGGUUAGACAGUGUCACCAUAGCAAUCAGUACAGGACCUUGUUGUUGCUGCUGUCCAUGUCUACCUCGCAUGAAGAUGACCAGGAAGAAAUUCAAGAUUUUUGUGAUGGGAUCAUUCCAAGUGGCUUUUCUUCGACCUGUCAUUUAUUUCCUGGGAAUUGUUUUAUGGACGAAUGGCCUGUAUGAUCCAGAUGAUUUAUCUUCAACCAGCAUCUUUCUCUGGCUCAACCUGUUUCUGGGAGUGUCCACAAUCCUCGGACUUUGGCCUACAAGUAUCCUCUUCCGAGAGGCGAAACAGUACAUGACAGAUGGGAAUCUGAAGGCCAAGUUUGCACUCUUUCAGGUGAUUUUGAUCCUGUCCUCGCUGCAGAAUUCUAUCCUCGACAUAUUGUCAGGAGCUGGACACGUCAGCUGUUCACCCCCCUACUCCUCAAAGACCAGAGCACAACUCAUGAAUAACCAGCUCCUAAUCAUAGAGAUGUUCUUGGUAGGAAUGUUCACACGAGUAUCAUACAGGAAGCAAGAUGAUCGGCCGGGAUACAGAGCACUCGACACGGUUGAAUCUCAAGGCAAAGAGGAAAGGAAAUGCCAACAGAACAUUCUGACAAACUAGGUCACCACUGAAGGAUAUACAAUGUCUUCUGCAAAACAGCAACCUAACCAGGGGGCAUCGAUAAUACUGAACUGAACAAAACAAACAGUUUAAAAGUA